GCAAUCAGUGACUGUCAAAUUGUUAGCAGCAGCGAUUUUUCCGAAAGGCGUAUUUUAAUUUGACUUUCCUCUGAAACAAAUAUUUAUUAACGAAAUUAAAAUGUUAGCUUUGAUCAAUCGGAUCCUAGAUUGGAUUAAAAGCUUAUUCUGGAAGGAAGAAAUGGAGUUAACAUUGGUUGGACUACAAUAUUCGGGAAAAACAACUUUCGUUAACGUCAUAGCCUCUGGACAGUUCAGUGAAGACAUGAUCCCGACUGUAGGAUUCAACAUGCGCAAAAUUACCAAAGGCAAUGUCACUAUUAAAGUUUGGGACAUUGGUGGCCAGCCCAGGUUCCGUUCCAUGUGGGAACGGUAUUGUAGAGGCGUCAACGCUAUUGUAUACAUGGUCGACGCAGCUGACCCUGACAAGAUAGAGGCUUCAAGGAAUGAGCUGCACAGCCUGUUGGACAAGCAGCAGCUUACAGGCAUCCCGGUGCUGGUGUUGGGCAACAAGCGCGACCUGCCGCACGCUCUGGACGAGCACGGGCUCAUUGAGCGCAUGAAUCUCUCAGCUAUCCAGGACCGCGAGAUUUGCUGUUACUCGAUCUCGUGCAAAGAGAAGGACAACAUCGACAUAACUCUCCAAUGGCUCAUCUCGCACAGUAAGUCUGGUAGUGCGCGUUAACUCACACGCUCACACAAAUGUACGUACAUGAGGCGGUACACACACAGAGGCGCAGUCUACAGCACACUACCAUAAACAGCUAUUUUGUUAGGGGCCAUUCAUUUGUUACGUGAAGAGGUUUUAGCAUUGAUCUUUAUAGUGACUGGAUAGCUUUCAACGCAUGCGCGGCCGCCUUUGAUAAUUACUAAUAAAUAAUAUAAACUUCUGCUGUAACUAGUGGCACUGACUGACUUGAAAAUUUUCAAACUUUUUCAGUAAUCAUUAGCUAUCCAGUUAGUAUACAGAUCAGUGGGUUAUGUGGGGAAGGUUUUGUAUUACAAAUAGAUAAUUGUACACGCCACUGAAUAAACGCAAAAGUUAAAAAGCUUAUAAUACUAGUGGAGUUUACAAUACAAACAGAAAAUUGAAGACGAAAAAUGACCUUGAAUGAUGUAAGAAAAAGAUAGACAAAACUUUUGUAGACCUUUCUUUUUUCUGUACCUAUGUUUUACACUAGACUGGGUAUUUUAAUACAAAUCUAUUCAUAGUACAUUAUUUAUUUGGCGCAGAUUUGUGUUUAGAUCGUUCCAAUAUAAAAAUUUUAAUAAAAAAAUACAACCGACUUCAAAACCUAAAAACGUACCCACUAAACUAAAAAGCGAAAAAUAACAUUAUCAUAUGUUCUACCUGCUGAUCAGUAUGAAGGCGGUGCUAAUGAUUCCAUCAUCAGAUCUUGACAUGAUGGCAAUGGGACCAAAUGGGGACUAUACCGUUUCAAACAACAAAGAAUUUUUGAAAUCGGUUAAAAAAAAAAAUACCGACCGAAUUGAGAACCUCCUCCUUUUUGAAGUCGGUUAAAAAUCUGAAUCUAUUUUCUUUUCUCUAAUUGAUUUUCAUUAAGUAAUUAUACAAAAGAACAGGACAUAAAGGGACAUCAUUCAAAGACAUUUUUUCGGCUUUAAUUUUCUAUUAGUAUUGCAAUCUCCAGUUAGUGUGUAUGCUUUUUGCUUUGCACUAAAUUGACAGAAAAGGUCAAAUCUGUCAAUUUAGUGAACAGUGGAUAUCCAAAGCCGCGUUAAUUCAUUCACAAUGAUUCAAUCGGGCUGUGCAUAACAAGUGCAUUACCUAAUUAGAACGACAAGUUGACAAUAAGACUUUAGCUCUUUUAGCUCUAUAAUGACUGUUAUACAGCUCUACAAGAGUUUAUACUUGUUAACUUUUCGUGUUAAUUCGGCAGUCAGUCGUGAUAUAAAAAUACUCAAAUCUAGUUUUUUAUUCCUGAAAUUGAAAAGUCAAAGUAAAGUAAUCUUUAAAAGGGUGUCCAUAGUAACAAAUUCAUCUUGCGUAAUUCAUGAAGGGUUCCAUACUCGGCGCGUAAACACAUAUAGAUACAGCGAGGGCCCUAAAUACGAGUAAAGUAAAUGACAUUUUACAUAGAAAAUUGUUGAGCCACAGGGAAAUACCUUAGCGUGCUUACAAAAGUCACUAUAGUCUGGCAAAUUCGUUGAUGACACUUCCAUGAUAUGCGGGCGACGGGGGGAAAGACUGCGCGGGUGUGAAAUCGCGGGGAAGUGAGGUGGACCUCCAAAGGACCAUGGGAAUGUUACGAACGAAGUUACCAAGCUAUACACACACAUUACAUAUUAACACAUGCGUUAAUGUACGUACACUAAUUUGACAGGUGUAAAAAUAGUGCAGUUUACAACAUUACAACAAUCCUUUUAAUGUAUCUGUAAGCAUGCUUAUGGUUAAUCUUGCCUUCAACACAUUGGGCCUAAAGUGUAUAACAAUUAACAACGCACUUUAAUUAAUGUUGAAUUGGUUAAAUCUUUUGUUUUGGAAUUACAUACAUCAAAUAAGAUAAUAUAAAUAUAGGAAUAGUUUUUGCAUUCCCCGUUUGAGAUUCCUUUAAAUAUAAAUAAUUAAUUAAUUAUUAUUAGAAAAAAGAAAUAGUCUGUUUGAUAGAUGGGUAGACUAAUACAUACCGCGAUUUUUUGAAGUAGGUACCUUCGAAAAAUCGCAUUUGUGCUUCGCCUUAUAAAAGUGUGAAUUAAUAGAAACUUUUUCUCUCAAUGCGACAAUCGCCAAAACCUCUUUCAGUAAUAGAACUUAUCUAAAUAUUUGUAAUCUAAGAGCCCAACAACGAAUGUAUUGAAGACUUGACAAAAUAUAUUAAAUUUUGGGCUCUUGACUUAAUAACAAUGUAAAGUUCUAUUCCUAAGCUUUUAUUUUGGCGAUGUUUUUCACAUUGAAUUACACUUCAAACACAACCAGUAGUUGUUGAGAUGUCAUAAAACAUUUUAAAAGCCAAAUAAAUAGGUACAUAUUUUUAUGUAUUCAAGCGUAUUCACGGAACUAUUUUUCAUUGUAUCUCGUGCUAAAUAGUAAAUUUUGAGCUCAAUUACAUUAUACAUUACAGUAAGUACUUUUUGGCACAAAUUGUAAUAAAAACUUUGCCUUAUCCCGAAGAAAAAUUUUAAGUAAGUAACAAACCAAAUAAUUGACCUUUAAACGCUAAAUUUUAUGUCCACUUUAAAAUUUAUCAGGGUUCAUGAUCUUAUCAUAGUUUUGCACAAAUACUAAACAAAAAUAAAUUGACAGUGUCUGAAUACUGUCAUUCUUUUCCAACAAGAACAUUAUUGAAUAUUGUAACACUUGUUUUGACACCUGUCAAUUUAGUGCAAUUUAGAAUGACAGAUUUAUCAAUAACUUUACAUUUAACACUUUUUAAGACAAUAAGUAAAGUUGAGUUUAAAUUGUAAUUCAAUGGGAAGUUAUUUAAAUUCAUUUAGGUAUAAUAACUAGCUUGAGUCGGACACUCUCUGUGUAGUGUGGUAAUAUUCUGUUUACAUACAAAAUGGCGGUCUAUUAAUAUAUUGGUGCCAAGUUUGUCGAGCGCUUUUUUAAUUUAUAUUAUCGGAGUAUGAAUUUAGGGUAUUGCCACAUAAUAAAAUGAUAUGACAAUUUGGGGACUGGUAGAAAUGAUUAUAUCAAAAAAUUCUGGGCCAGCUACAUUUUGCAAUUUAUAAUUGAUAUAUUCCUUAACAGGUAAAAUGUGUUAAAUGUCUAAUUGUUGUUUACACAUUCUUUUUAUCAGAUGUUAUUUAAUUUCAGUAAUUGAUUUUGAUUCUUAAAUAUUGUUUUUAUAUGUAGCUGUCGAUGGGAAAUAUAUCAGAUAUUUUUUAUCUACCAGUUCCAAUAUUGAGGAUCGGCUGGGCUAUUCGCUAACUGAGUAGUUUUUACAAUGAAUGACCGAGCUCAAUGACAAUUAUGCAUUUCCCCUAGUAGAGCAAUAGUUAUAAUUAUAUAUUUGUUUUUAAAUUAAUAUUUCAUUGCAUAAAUGUGAUGAACAAAAUGUCAAAAUAGAUCUGCAACGUUUUGUACAGUUGGCCAAUAGCCCAAUCUGUAUGUACUAUGGGUUAGAGUGUUUAGAUUCUUAAUACUAGCAUUAUAAAUAUACUUAUCUCAUAUUGUUAGCUAAAUAAUAAGUUAAAAAUAUAUUAUUAUAUACAUAUAGUGUGAGACUAAUAAUAAUAAUAUUUUUCUCGAUAAUAGCUGUAUAUAAUUAAAAUGUAAUUAAUAUAUAUAUAUAUUGUGUUUUGUUUAUUGGCUGUAUUAGACUCACAGGACAAAAUCGUCAGUCAUUAGUUUUAAAAAAUAUUAUUAUUAAUUAAAGUAAUGCUUCACUUGCACGACGUUUGGUUCGUUUUAAAACGCUCGCACAUUUGAAAUGUCAAUUUAGUUUUACACAAAUCCCUAAACUACACUAAAUUGACAGGUGAAAAAAAAAUGUCUUUUUACAGCACUAUUUUUGUUUUAAUUAUAGUAUGUUUGGCUCUGGAUGUAGUGGUAAUUUGUAUAGUUGGGUGCAAUCUUUAUGAUGUCUACCAAAUGAGCUGCAAUAGUUCAGGUCUUAUCAUAGAGACAAUAUACUGUCUACUGUCAAACAAGCGAUUCACAGUAGACAGUUGUCAGACAAUGUGUGUAAAAUUUCAAAGGAAUAUUUAUUAAUAUUUAAUCGUACAGUCAAACUGUUCAGUUAAAUCGUCUGUGUGUAAAACUAUGUGUGCCAAAACACACACUUUUACACACGGAACUCAUAGUUUUUUUCGGAAAUUUCAAUUAGAUACAACUGAAUUAUAAUUAUAACCCAUAUUAGUUAUUACCAUUACACCCAAACGGAAUUCCCGGAAUAGGUUGACUAUACAACCAAAUUAGAAAAGAAAAAAAAUUUGUUUUUUAAAAAUAACACUGAUUUCGAAUGGCAGAUUGAAGUGAACCUAUACGCUUCACGCUUCUGCUUUUCGGAUUUCGAAAUCCUUUUUACUUUUCCUGGGUUUGAUUCCCAGACCAUAUAGUUUACAGGAAAGACUACUUGUUUAAUCUGUAGGCGAUCACUUUGUUUCAUUAUUGAAAGUGUCUUAAUUUCUUAAGGUUAUAGAUUUAUUUAAUAUGUUAGUUUUCGGCUGUAAUAUAGUUGUUCUUUUUGUAUGAUGACACAAAUCAGUGCACUGCUGACUACGGUUGAAAGAAAAUAUUAUUAAAUUAUGUUCAACA